CGCUGGGCCACUGUAGCUGCCGUCUUUGCAAAGGAAUGUCGCUGCUAUCUCUCAGUCGGGAUGGAGGUCUGACAGAUGUUUCGAAAAAAAGAUGUCCGGGAUGCAGUGUCUCAUCUUAACAAAAGACCAUGACGCUCAAAACAACAUGGUAGUUGCCUCCGCCUCUGACAUGCAAGCAAGAUCAUCUAGCUGGAUUUAAGAAAAGUGCUGCUCAGUAUUUAGUUGUUAGGCUUUAUAUUUGCUUCAAAGCAUGGACCCAUAACUCCACAGCUGGAAACACUGUUACACUAUUCCUUGAGUUGUGAUUUCAACCGUACUACCCUUUAUUACUGAAAAAGUGUGCAAAACGUCAUCAAAAUGUUUUCAGCACUUAAGAAGCUUGUGGGAUCCGAGCCAGGGCAGCUCAGGGACAAGAACAUUCCUGCUGGCAUGCAGUCGAUGAACCAAAGUCUGCAGAGACGCUUCGCCAAAGGGGUUCAAUAUAAUAUGAAAAUAGUCAUUCGGGGUGAUAGAAACACUGGAAAGAGUACCUUAUGGCAUCGACUACAGGGCAAGAAGUUUGUGGAAGAGUACCUUCCCACUCAGGAGAUCCAAGCCACAAGUAUCCAUUGGAAUUACAAAACUACGGAUGAUGUGGUCAAAGUAGAGGUGUGGGAUGUGGUAGACAAAGGCCAAAAAUACCCUCUUCCUGAAGGUGUAGGCAAAGGAAAACGGCGUGGAGACAAUUUGAAACUGGAGAAUGAGCCCCAAGAGUCAGACGAGGUGGCCUUGGAUGCAGAGUUCCUGGAUGUGUACAAGAACUGUAAUGGAGUCAUCAUGAUGUUUGAUAUAACCAAACAGUGGACUUUUAACUACAUACUGAGGGAAUUGCCCAAAGUACCCACCCAUGUACCAGUGUGUGUUUUGGGAAACCAUAGGGACAUGGGUGAGCAUCGGGUUAUCCUGCCUGAUGAUAUCAGAGACCUGAUCGCUGGACUUAACAGACCAAUGGGAUCGUCUUACAUCCACUACGCUGAGUCCUCUAUGAAAAAUGGGUUUGGAUUGAAGUAUCUACACAGGUUUUUCAACAUCCCCUUCCUGCAGCUACAGAGAGAGACACUACUGAGGCAGCUGGAGACCAACCAGCUAGACAUGGAUGCAACGCUGGAGGAGCUGUCUGUGCAGCAGGAGACAGAAGAUCAAAACUAUGACAUUUUCCUGGAGAAUUUGGAGUCUCGCAGUAAGGGCUACGGAUCCCCUGGUCCAGCCAACGGUCAGAGUCCCUCCUCAGGCUCCCAGUCCCCAAUCGUCCCUCCCAGUGGGGCUUCCACAGGCAGCUCCAGCCCUAGCACCCCUCAGCCCCCUAUCCCAGUCCAGGUGAUUCCACAGUCACCUUCUGUGUCUGCCUCUUCCCCUCCGCCUUCAUCAGCGGUGGUUAGUGGAGCAGCUUCUCCGGUUGCUGAGUCAAAGCCUCCGGCCCAGUCACCUGAACACCUUCAGUCCUCUGCCACAUCCGGAGCCUCAGGCCCCCAGAAACGCAGCUUUAUGUCCCGCUGGUUUGGCUCAUCUCCUGCUGCCGAGACUUCUGCUUCUGCACCAGAGGACCAUCCUGCACCAGUCUGUCCUUCCAAGGUUCAGAGUGUGGAUGAUUUUGUGCCAGAUGAGAGACUGGAUAAAAGCUUCUUGGAGGACAGCCUGCCCUCCAAAAACAAGGCAUCUCAGCCAGCAGCAGCUCCAGCUGUGGACAGCGACAGUGAUGGUGAAGGCAGAGGAAACCCCAUGGUGUCUGGGUUCCAGGAUGAGCUGGAUCCUGAUGACACUGAGCCCAGCCUUCCCCAACCCAAAAGCUUGCCCCCCAGUAAAGAUAUCACUCUGACCAGUGACGAGGAGGACGGAGUGACAGCAGCCCCUGCCAUCACACAGGACCAAGGCCUGGACAGUGAACCAGAGCUGAAGGCGCCUGUCAUCCACAUCACAAAGCCAAAGUUGGCUUCAAAACCUCCAGAGCCCCGAGGUCAGACCGCAGCACCCAUCUCCCUCACCCUGACUCCUGCAGCAGAGCAGCCGACCCGACAUCAAGGCAAGAAGAAAGGAAGUUCCCCGAAAACUGAGGAUUCUGAUACUGACCCUGAGGCUCCUGUCGCCCAACAGAUGCUCUCGUUUGUCAUGGAUGACCCCGAUUUUGAGUCCGAAGCAUCAGAUACACCAAAAAUAGCAAAGGAAUCAUUUCCUGUCAGAGAUGAGCUUCUGUCCGACCUCUCUGAUGAUGACUUGCAGUUAGCCAAGGUGCCCGAGCCUCUGAAGCCCACUGUGAUCUCCUUCAAACACAAGGAUGACACUGACCUGUUUGGCCUUGGGAUCCAGGAGGAGGCUCCUCCGGCCAAAGACAGCAGUGAGGAACAGGAAGAGAAGGAAAGCAAACACUCUUCCAAAGAAAAGAAGAAAAAGAAGAAGAAGAGCAAAGAGGAGGAUGAAAAGAGCAAAAAGAAACACAAACACAAGAAAAAGGAAAAGGAUGAGGCUGCAGCGGUGGACGAGAAGGAGAAAAAGAAAAAGAAAUCCCGACCCAAGAAAACGGAAGUUGACGAGCUGGAGGACUUUCUGGGUGGAGGAACAGGCUCCAUCAAAAGAGAUGACGGUGAUUAUGAGGAACUAUAAGAGCUUGUGUUUGAUGAGCCACAGAACAGCAGCAAGGCAUGGAGUCACUUAAAACCUCCUGAGUCCUUGACGAGUAUGUGCAUAAAGCAGCAUCUUCAAGCCAUACGCAAUACACAAGGCUACUGAUGACGCAGAGGUAUAACAGCCGAGGACUCUGGUACCUGUAUGUUCCUUCUAAUUAUUUCCCAUCUGCACUACUGCUACACUUCCAUCCCAAACAACAGGAAACUGCUGGGAAACUCGCGAGUACUGUAGUGAUGAUUGGCGUGUCCGUAAAUUGGCUCUUUGUACUCUGACAUGACUGACUUGUUUUCCAAAUAUUUUCUUUGAUUUGAUACACUCUGUAAGUGAUCCACUCCGAAUCUGCUGCUGUAAAUAGGGUAACCAUUUUGUCUGAAUAUUUGUUUGGUUGGUGUAAUGAUCGAGAGCAUGCUUAAAGUGACGACUGACUUCCUAGA